UAUCUGGGACUCCCCGUGGCCUUCAUCCAGCAGGUCCAGGUGAAGGGGGUCGUGUCUCCGUGGGACAAGAACUUCCUGGCCGUGGACGUGUUUCGUUCUCCUUUGUCACGCGUGUUCACCUUGGUGGAGGAAAUCCGGAACCAUGUGCUCAGAGACAGAGCCGGUCACCGGAGCCUGGAGGACGUAUGUCUGCAGGUAACCGAUCUGCUGCCAGGACUCCGGAAGCUCCGGGACAAACUGCCGGAACAUGGCUGCCUCCUCCUGUCUCCUGCCAACUUCUGGCAGAACAACCGCGAGCUGUUCAACAAGGACCCGGACCUCAUCAGAACCAUCCAGCAACAUGAGCCCAAGACCCUGCAGACCUCCGCCACCCUCCGAGGUAAGGGGGGGCUCUUAUCCCUGCCGGGGGGUUCCUGUGGGUGACGUUAUCCUGACAUUGUUCUUACCACCAGAAUCAUAUCAUGGGAGCUCUCCCUUCUCUUUGUUUUUUUCUCUUCCAGGUUCCUGAACAGUCUGAGGGCCCAUCUGAAGCAGCUGCACCCGCGCACCAACAGCACCUCCCGGGGGAAGAACAUUGUCCACGUUCAUUUCAAGGAAGAGAUUGGCAUAGCGGAGCUGAUCCCUCUGGUCACCACCUACAUCAUCCUAUUCGCUUAUAUUUAUUUCUCCACCAGGAAGAUUGACCUGGUGAAGUCGAAGUGGGGCCUGGCACUGGCCGCCGUGGUGACUGUCCUGAGCUCCCUGCUGAUGUCGGUGGGUUUGUGCACGCUCUUCGGACUGACGCCGACCCUCAAUGGCGGGGAGAUUUUCCCUUACCUGGUUGUGGUGAUCGGUCUGGAGAACGUUCUGGUGCUGACCAAGUCGGUCGUGUCCACUCCGGUGGACCUGGAGGUGAAGCUGCGGAUCGCGCAAGGGCUAAGCAACGAGAGCUGGUCCAUCAUGAAGAACAUGGCCACCGAGCUGGGGAUCAUCCUGAUUGGUUACUUCACUCUGGUUCCCGCCAUUCAGGAGUUCUGUCUAUUCGCUGUCGUCGGACUCGUCUCGGACUUCUUCCUACAGAUGUUCUUUUUCACCACAAACCUAUCACGGUACCACCUCGCUGACUUGAACAAGAGGAUGCCUGCGGAGGCCUGUAUGCCGCCAGCCAAGCCGGUGACCCGCGGCCAGCGAUAUGAGCGCCAGCAAGCUCUGAGGCCCAACACCCCCCACACCAUCACCCUGCAGCCGUUCCGAAACCUGCGGCUGCCCAAGAGGCUCCGCCUCAUCUAUUUCUUCGCCAGGACGCGCCUGGCACAGCGGAUCAUCAUGACCGGAACCGUCGUCUGGAUCGGCAUCUUGUUGUACACCGACCCGGCCGGACUGCGCCCGUACCUGACGUCGGUGCAGGUGACCGAGCAGAGCCCCCUGGGUGGCGCCGCGGUGCCGCCCCUUCCCGUGCCCGUCCUGCCCGCCUCCGAUCCCCAGAACGCGCUGACUAUCUUCCCGACGGGCUCUUCCCAGCCGCUGGAGAACCAAUCGGAGAGAGACCACCAGGAGGUGCUGGAGUCCCUCCGGGGAGGGUUAGAUGGGGGGAGCCCCGGAGGCUGGGGAGGCGAGGGCGGGCCGAAAGACCAGAGCCAAGGCAGGACUGAGGCGAAGGAGGAUCGGGCCCACACGGAGGUGACCUGGGGCCCCGAAGAUGAGGAGACUUGGAGGAAGCUGUCCUUCAGGCACUGGCCGACGCUCUUCAGCUACUAUAACGUCACCCUGGCCAAGAAGUAUAUCAGCAUAUUACCCAUGAUCCCUAUCACCCUGUACCUGUCCCCGGAGGAGGUGUCGGAGGCACGGCAUCCCCACGAGGCGCAGCACUCGCACAUCUUUGCGCCCCAUCGGGAUGGACGUUUGGAGGAGGAGAAGCCGGCUGCCCCCCCCAGGAAGUCACAUGGCCCAGUGGACAUCACCCUGUACCAAGUGGCUGCCCUGGGCCUGGCGUCCGGCAUUCUCCUGGUGCUGCUGCUCUUCUGUCUGUACCGACUGCUGUGCCCCAAGAACUACGGACAGAACGGUUUAUCCCAACGGCGGCGAAAGAAGGGGGACAUGCCGUGCGACUACUACGAUUACACCCCUCCGGAGACCGAAAUCGUGCCGCUUGUCCUGAGGGGUCAUCUCAUGGACAUCGAAUGUCUCGCCAGCGAUGGAAUGCUGUUGGUGAGCUGCUGUCUGGCCGGACAGAUCCGUGUUUGGGACGCUCAGACUGGGGAUUGUCUCACGGUUAUUCCCAAACAAGGGCUACGCAGGGAAAGCAGCGGGAUCUUCGAGUAUCAGGACUCCUGGGACCAGUUCUCAGACUGUAAAUCUAAUCCCGAGGACUCUCUGGAGAACGGUUACUUUCCGAAGUGUAAAGUGACCCCCUCCCACCCGCCGCUCUUCUACGACCAGCCGGACCUGUCCAGCCUCAUCGAUACCAACUUCUCGGAGCAGGUGAAGGAGGAGCCGGAGAGCGUUCAGCGGCCGGCGAAGCGGGAGGUGGACAAUGGCGGUUACGAUUUCAGCAGUUUGGUCCAGCGAGCCUACGAGGAGCACGGCACCUCCGGCAUGGCCGGCUAUCCGCCAGUCUUCUCCCCUGCUCCGUACGGGCCGGGCCAGGUCAUGUCGGGGCGGAGCAGGUCCCCCGGCAGCCGAUCGGAGGCGAGCUGCACUUCCUUCAGGAGGAAAAGCUCAGCCGAAGAGCUGGCAUUCUGUAACGGGACCUCCUCCCCCGCCUCUAGCUGGACCGAAGAGUUUGACAGCGCAGUGUGGAGUCUGGGACUGCAGGCUAACUUGAUUGUCGCUGGCCGGAGCAAUGGGAGUCUGGAGGUCUGGGACGCUAUAGAAGGAAUCCUGCGCUGCAGCACCAGCGAUGGCCAGAGUGGGAUAACGGCGCUGGUUUUCCAGAAUCACCGGAUCGUGGCUGCCCGACUCAAUGGCUCUCUGGACUUAUUCUGCCUGGAAUCCCACAAAUCCUCCAGCCAGCUACAGUAUAGAGGGACGCCCAAUCGCACCGCGGUCCCGAGCUCCCCGCUGUACUCGAAUGAUGAUGUCAUCCGGUGUCAGCUGACCCACACCGUGGCCUGCGCCCACCAGAAGCCGAUCACGGUGCUGAAAGCUGCGGCUGGUCGUUUGGUGACGGGAAGCCAGGACCACACGCUUAGGGUUUACCGUCUGGAUGACGCGUGCUGCCUGUUCACGCUGCAGGGCCACUCGGGAGGGAUUACCGCCAUCUACAUUGAUGAGACCAUGGUCCUAGCCAGCGGGGGGCAGGACGGAGCCAUCUGCCUGUGGGACGUCCUGACAGGAAGUAGAGUUGGCCACAUGCACGGCCACCGCGGUGACAUCACUUCCCUGAUCUGCACGACAUCGUACGUGAUCAGCAGUGGUCUGGACGACGUCAUCAGCAUAUGGGACCGCAGCUCCGCCAUCAAACUCUACUCCAUACAGCAGGAUUUGGGCUGCGGCUCCAGCUUAGGCCUCAUCUCCGAUAACCUCCUGGUGACGGGCGGCCAGGGCUGCGUCUCCUUCUGGGACAUCGGCUACGGUGAUCUCCUGCAGACGGUCUACCUGGGGAAGUGCGAGGAAGCCCAGCCGGCCCGCCAGAUCCUGGUCCUGGACAAUGCCGCCAUCGUCUGCGACUUUGGCAGCGAGCUGAGCCUGGUCUACGUGCCGUCGGUGCUGGAGAAGUUGGACUGA